UGAUGAAUGCUCUAUUUUCAGACUUCUCUCACAAGAUCCAGUCAAGAGGGCCUAAAUUUAGACCAUGAUGGAAUAACUAUCUCAUUUUAAUUCGGCGAAGUGAGAAGAGGUUGUUAUCGAGAAACUCUCUGGGAGGAGGAGCAGUCCGGCGUUUGGUUUUGGAUAAUCCGGAAGUUCCCCAAGAUGUCAGCGGUCGUCCCAAUCUCCGCCUCCUCUUCUCAAUUCUCCGCCCGGAGCUCCUCCUCUGUCCUUCCCUUCUCCCAAUUCCAUGGACUCAGCAGCUCGCCUACCAGGCUCGACUCUGCCGCCUCUUCCACCAAGUAUUCCCUCUUCCACCAAGUCUCUCGCCAGCUCCAGACCGCCACCGGAAAAGGCUGCCGCCCUGUUGUCGCCAUGGCUGGUACCGGAAAGUUUUUCGUUGGAGGCAAUUGGAAAUGCAAUGGGACAAAAGAUUCUAUCGGCAAGCUUAUUGCUGACCUGAACAGUGCUAAAAUUGAGGAUGAUGUUGAUGUUGUUGUUGCACCUCCUUUUGUAUACGUUGACCAGGUGAAGAAUUCAUUGACUGAUCGUAUUGACAUAUCUGCCCAAAAUUCUUGGGUCAGUAAAGGAGGUGCCUUCACUGGAGAAAUUAGUGCUGAACAGUUAAAAGAUGUUGGCUGCAAAUGGGUUAUCUUGGGCCAUUCUGAAAGGAGACACAUAAUUGGUGAAGAUGAUGAGUUUAUUGGAAGCAAAGCAGUUUAUGCCUUGAGCCAAAAUCUCAAAGUGAUUGCUUGCAUUGGUGAGUUGCUGGAAGAAAGAGAAGCAGGCAAAACAUUUGACAUCUGUUUUGGACAAUUGAAAGCUUUUGCAGACAAGGUAUCCAGCUGGGCUGAUAUAGUGAUUGCUUAUGAGCCCGUUUGGGCCAUUGGCACGGGUAAAGUUGCUACCCCUCAGCAAGCACAGGAGGUCCAUGCAGCAGUUCGUGAUUGGCUGAAGAAAAAUGUCUCGGCUGAUGUUGCUUCAGCAACCCGAAUUAUCUAUGGAGGUUCUGUUAAUGGCAGCAACUGUGUGGAGCUUGCAAAGCAGGAAGACAUUGAUGGAUUUCUUGUUGGCGGUGCUUCCCUGAAGGGUCCAGAAUUUGCUACCAUAAUUAAUUCGGUGACUUCAAAGAGGGUUGCUGCCUGAGGCAUUUUCAGCAAGCUCUUGAAAAUUCGCGCUAGAAAAUAAGUGUCUGUACACAUUUCCCUUGAUGUUUUCGUACAGGAAAUCGAAUGCAUGAAAUUUCGAUUUCCUGUUGAAUGAUGCUAGCAAUUUUGUAACAGUAGUUAAAUUCUCAGAAUCAUGAUGUUGUGAAAGUGCAUGGCUGAGUUUCUAAAUAAUCCAGAGUAAAUUCUUUAUGGUUGAA